AAAAACAACAAACACACUUUUGCGAAUUCUUUCAUCGAUUCAAAUUCAAAACCUCAUCUCUCUCUCUCUCUCUCUCUCUCUCUCUGGUUCGAAUUCUCACCGUCGCGUCGGCAUCGCAGAUCUGUACUUGUCGGAGUAUAUUUUUCCGUCGGAGGUAUCAGAUCUCGCCGAUCUGCUCUAGCUGCUACUGUAUUUUGGGUUUCAUCGCUUUGAUAUUGGGGAAACGAGGAGUAGAGUACGAUGGAGAAUCUGAUCUCUCUGGUUAACAAGAUACAGAGAGCUUGCACAGCUCUCGGAGACCAUGGAGACUCCGGUGCUCUACCUACUCUUUGGGAGUCCUUGCCUGCGAUUGCCGUCGUUGGUGGUCAGAGCUCAGGGAAGUCUUCAGUCCUGGAGAGCAUCGUCGGAAAGGAUUUUUUACCUCGUGGAUCUGGCAUUGUUACUCGAAGGCCCCUUGUCUUACAGUUGCAAAAGAUUGAUGAUGGAACCCGGGAGUAUGCAGAGUUUCUUCACCUCCCGAGGAAAAGAUUUACUGAUUUUGCUGCUGUGAGGAAGGAGAUCCAAGAUGAGACUGACAGAGAGACUGGACGCAGCAAGGCUAUUUCUAGUGUUCCCAUUCACCUUAGCAUAUACUCUCCCAAUGUUGUCAACUUGACACUGAUAGAUCUUCCAGGGCUUACAAAAGUUGCUGUUGAUGGACAAUCUGAAAGUAUAGUGAAGGACAUUGAAAACAUGGUUCGGGGCUACAUUGAAAAGCCCAAUUGCAUCAUUUUGGCAAUUUCACCUGCAAACCAAGAUCUUGCUACCUCAGAUGCAAUUAAAAUUUCCCGUGAGGUUGAUCCAUCGGGUGAGAGAACUUUUGGUGUCUUGACAAAGAUUGAUCUUAUGGACAAGGGGACUGAUGCAGUGGAAAUUUUGGAAGGGAGAUCUUUUAAACUUAAGUAUCCAUGGGUUGGUGUUGUCAACCGUUCCCAAGCAGAUAUUAACAAGAACGUCGACAUGAUUGCGGCUCGGAGAAGAGAGAGGGAAUACUUUUCCAAUACUACCGAGUAUAGGCACCUUGCUCAUAAAAUGGGUUCCGAGCAUUUGGCAAAGAUGCUGUCCAAGCAUCUUGAACAUGUGAUCAAGUCGAGAAUUCCAACCAUUCAAUCUCUUAUUAACAAAACAGUAUUACAGUUGGAAACUGAACUAAGUCGCCUUGGAAAGCCUAUUGCAGCUGAUGCAGGGGGGAAAUUGUACUCAAUAAUGGAGAUAUGUCGGCUUUUUGAUCAAAUAUUCAAGGAACAUCUUGAUGGAGUGCGUGCUGGUGGUGAAAAGGUGUAUAACGUGUUUGAUAACCAGCUUCCUGCGGCUCUGAAGAGGCUCCAGUUUGACAAACAACUAGCGAUGGACAACAUCCGAAAGCUGGUCACUGAGGCUGAUGGUUACCAGCCUCACUUGAUUGCUCCUGAACAAGGUUAUCGUCGCCUCAUUGAGUCUUCUAUUGUCUCCAUUAGAGGCCCUGCUGAAGCAUCUGUUGAUACCGUUCAUGCCAUCUUAAAGGAUCUGGUUCACAAGUCUGUGAAUGAGACUGUGGAACUGAAGCAAUACCCAGCCCUGAGAGUGGAGGUUACAAACGCAGCUAUAGAGUCGCUGGAUAAAAUGCGGGAAGGAAGUAAGAAAGCAACACUGCAGCUGGUUGACAUGGAGUGCAGUUACCUCACUGUUGAUUUCUUCAGGAAACUUCCCCAGGAUGUUGAGAAGGGUGGUAACCCCACACACUCCAUUUUUGACCGCUACAACGAUUCCUAUCUCAGACGAAUCGGAUCCAAUGUUUUGUCUUACGUGAACAUGGUCUGUGCUGGCCUGCGGAAUUCAAUCCCCAAGUCCAUUGUCUACUGCCAAGUCCGAGAAGCCAAGCGCAGCCUCCUUGACCAUUUCUUUGCCGAGCUCGGUACCAUGGAUAUGAAGAGGCUCUCGUCGCUAUUGAACGAAGAUCCAGCAAUCAUGGAGAGUCGCACUGCCAUCUCUAAGCGGCUGGAGUUGUACCGAGCUGCCCAAUCAGAGAUUGACGCUGUCACUUGGUCCAAGUGAAUACAGCAUCAUAUACCGUCUGUUUUACUUGGUUCUGGUCGGGGUGGCUCAGACCCGGAACAGAAAAUUAGGUUCUGUAAUUUUUAUAAGAUGAUCUUCUCGAUACAUGCAGUAUCGCUUUAUAACGUCACAUUGUUUGCCCUGCCUCUUUGUCUUUUGUCCAUCACCCGAUAUGUUAUGUAGUUCUUUAUAUAACAUUCACAUUGUUUGUUUGGCCACUCUGUUCUUUUUGUCCAUCACCCGAUGAAGAUACUCUUGAGCUUUACAUAUCA